AUGAGAAUCGAAAGGGUUAAGGGUGAGAAAAAUGUGGCGGAUGCCCUCUCACGCCUCAUUGAGAAUACUAAGGAGGCGAUCCCAUUUGACGAAGACAACGACAACCAUUUCCUUUUCUCUGUGGACGCUGGGAUAAUGAGCAUAACUUGGGAAGAAAUUGAACGAGCUUCUGAGUCUGAUACUGAGCUGCAGUCGCUACAAAGGUCUUUAGAUUCCAAUAAAUGGCCGAAAGAGCUGCGUAAGUUCGAGGCUCAGCGUAACAACAUCUACAGAGUCGGAGCUCUGCUGUUCAAAGGAGAUCGAUCUAUUCUUCCCGCUGAACUACGAGUAAAAGUUUUGAAAUAUGCGCAUGGGGGACAUGUUGGAGAAUCAGCUAUGAAAAGAAUCAUGCGGGAGUUCUUCUGGUGGCCGGGUAUGUCCGUAGAUACCACCGAGUUCGUGAAAUCCUGCGAAACUUGUGCUAUUCUGGCCAGAAAGAACCCACCAUUACCCUUGUCUUCCCGAGUUCUACCUGAUGGUCCCUGGGAAGUGGUCCAGAUUGAUUUUCUCUCAAUCCCAGGUUGUGGGACAGGAGAGUUCCUGAUUGUGAUCGACACUUAUUCUCGGUACUUGUCAGUAGUAGAAAUGAGGCAAAAGGACGCUCGUCAGAAAAGUUUAAGAUUGUAG